CCAAACCUCGAGGCACUGACUGGGCUACUGUGCGAUCCGAAGGCGAGGGCGGUCAGCAGGGAAUGACGCUUUUAAUUGCCUUAUUUCUCAAGUAACUACAUCAGAAAAACAAUAAAUAAACCGGUUUGCAUUUGAACUGCCUAUUUUUUAUUUAUUUUUAUUUAUUUUUGUUACUUUUUAUGCAUCUGUGAAGCCAGCACGACAAGCUCUUGUGUUAGCUCGCUGGCUAGCCAGCCUUUGUUCCAUAUUCAGACCAGUGUGGCCAUAAAUUAGGAUUCAGCCUUCAACUCUUGAAAGUUGACUCCGUGUACGAUUAUUUUAUUCAAAUGAAACGCGUUGCCUCCUCGGGAGUAUUGCACACCGAUUUUUUUGCUGGAGAAAUUUAACUGUCUAGUGUCUGUGUUCGCUCGGUCGUGCAUAGGUUGCCAUGGAGCAGUGUGCAGCUCCACAGCUCGAGAGCACAAGUACGCACUCUUCACCUCCAGAUCCAGCGGGAAAGCCUGGGGGAAAUUCCGGGGAGAUUACAGUUAAGGAUGCUUACGAGUGCCGGAUUUGUGGUUAUAAAGCGCGAGACGUUAAAUGUCUCAGUCAGCACCUGCACGCCGCUCACCCUGUCACCAGACUUUCUGACUCGGUGAGGAUCGAGCGAAGUGAUACGUUAGAGGAGGUGCGUGAGGAUGAUGUAGAGACACCCUGCUUAAAUGGUGACCUGGAAAAGAGCAUUGUUAAGGAUAAACCAGACACCACUGAGGGAUCAUCUUCCCUUCAGACUUCCGAAGUCUCAAAUGAGACCUCAUCCUCCAUGGAUCCCAAAGAACAGGAAGAGAAGAUGGACGACUCACCUGCUCCUGAAGAAUCGCAGAGCUCAUCCACCGAGUUACUUCAGGAGAAGUCACCCUGCUCUUUGGGGACUAAGGAGUCCUGCCAAAAGAGGCAAGCGGUCUCCUCUGGCACAUCGACCCACAACCAGGCUAACCGGGUUUGUCUUCCGUUGGUAUCCGAGGGGUUAAAGCUUAUCUGGGUGCGCUCGGAGCAGGUCCACGAGCUGGAUGCCGUGUCAGAUCUCGUAGAAGCAUUUAAUGCAUUCCCAUACCCCACGUCGCAGGAGGCAAGUGCUCUAGCUCGAAAGUGUGCAUUACCAUUGGACCGUGUUAAAGCGUGGUUCAUGAUGCAGCGGGUACGUUACGGAAUCAGCUGGGCUGACGACGACAUUCAAGAGACGCGACGCAAGCUGUGGUGCAUUCAGAAAGGAGCGGUAGCCGAGGAGUGUGUGGAAAUAAACAAUGAGGAGGAUUGUUUAGGACGUGAUGAAUCUCAACAGGUUUUUAUAUCGCCACCUGCGGCAAAUGCCCAUCUAGAUCAGAUAGACCAGCUGCCUAAACCCAGCCAGGCUGUUCCUCAGCACAUCACCAGUGACCAAAACCACUUGCAUUUUAGCCAGAAUAAUGCUUCCCAAUCCAAUAACGGUGUACAGCAGUUGCUCAGCGCUAAUGUUGUGUACAAAAACGGUCUUGGACCUGCAUCCCAAGUUCCUCAAGUUAGUCCCCAGUUCCAAAGUGACAGUAGAAACCUAACGCCUCACAAUACUGGAGUCCAUCUGCUCAAUUCCUAUGGAUGUCCAUCGUACAACCAACACGCCGCCAUGUCGUACCCCGAGCUUCCUGAGCUUUCACAGUCUCUACACAGCUUAUCAGGGAAAAAAUCGAAAGCACAGCUGAUGGCCCUGCGCCACAGUUUUGUACAGAAGUCUUGGCCCUCUGACGGUGAAGUUCAGCAGCUCCAGAAAAUGACUGGACUUAAUCGGCGUGAAAUUCGCAAAUGGUUCGCAGACAGCCGCUACCAGCUUCGCAAGAAUGGCAGGGCAUGGCUAGCCAAGCUUGCAAGGCGAAAUCGGUCUUUGCAGCUGGUGCAACAGAACUCUCACACUGAGCUGGAGAACGAUGUUCUACCUAGUGCUGAUUUUUACGACAACGGUGAGGCUGAUGACACAGAGGCAGGGAUUGAGGUUGAUGUAGAUUUGGCUGACGAUGAGGGACCAGUCAACCAAUCGAAUGAGACCAAGGAGGAAGUAAGUGAUGAAGGUGAGUUUGAUGACGGCAGCGCUACCGUUCAACAAUACUCUGCAGACGCCUCUCCUUCUCCGUCUCCAUCAUUCCUCCGAGGCCGGGUGGAACGGAGCGUGCGACUUCGUAAGAAGACGAGGGAACAGUUGGAAAUUUUGCGGCAAAGCUUCCUUCGCUGCCAGUGGCCCACAAGCGAUGACUACCUGAUACUCCAGCAGAAGACGGGUUUGACGCGGACAGAGAUCAUCCAGUGGUACGGAGACACGCGUUAUCAUGUCAAACACAAUCAGAUGCGCUGGAUGACCUCAGAGGAGAGGGAACGCAUCAUCGCAGUCAUAAUGCAACAGCAGAAAAGGGGUGCGAAUUAUUCAAGGGGGAAAGUCUCAUUUGAGAACAUAGGCUCUGGGUUGAGUUUGGGUGAUUCUACAUUAAUUAACCGAGGCGGAGGGGGCAAAGCCGCAACAUGGAAUGAACUUUUUAGGGGAAGUACCCCAGUUUUGCCUGAGGGUAAACUCUGACCUCAGAAGCAAAGUCAGUUUGCGAUGGCAUUUGUAGCUGUGCAGAUAGGUGGAAACUGAAUUCCACAUCACUGCCAAAGAUGUUACACAAAACCUUUUUUUCUCCUUUAACCUGUCUGGAUAUUUCCAUCCCAGUUUAAUGCUAUGAUCCAGGGCCUUGUAGAACCUCUCACAACAUUGUUAUGCAAUAUGUAUCUCCAAAACUAAGCAUAUUACUUGAAUCAAAAAUAUUUAGCAUUAGAAUAUCUACCUUAAAGUAACUGAAACAAAAUUGUAUAUGGCAAGGCACUGAAUGACUGUACAAUGUAUUUUGUUUUGUAGCUUGUUUUAUCAGAGGUCUAUUCAUUGUGGUUCUCAGUGUGACUCAACAGAGCGAAUGCAUGUGUGUUGCCAUUUUCAUGUUUAAGUUGCACUUCGAGCUUAGAUAUGUAGAUGUUUGCUUUUACAAAGGUCAAUUGUAUUUAAGGUUAUAAACAUAACUGCAAUCUUUUAGAUCCACAGUGUGCUACACAGAUAUGUUUCUUUGAUGGAAACAUUUGUGCUGACAUAAUACUACAAAAUUUAUGUGCUUGAUUUCCUCCCCCCCAAUCAAUCUCACUAUUUGUGAUUUUUAUUAUUAAUAUUAUUAUUUGAAGGCUAAUUCAAAUCUUGAAUAGUCUCGAUAUGGAGUUU